AUCAAAAUUCAACGAACCCCAACAUGGCCUCUGCCUUUGUGUGAGCUAGAAACCCCAGCCCCCUCAGAAUGGAGAACCCGUUGGGUCUGCUAAGAGUUCAUGUCCAGAAAGGAAUUAAUCUUGCUAUCAGAGAUAUCACAAGCAGAAGCAGCGACCCUUAUGUAAUAAUCAAGAUGGGAAAGCAGAAAGUAAAGACUCGAGUUGUGAAGAAGAACCUCAAUCCAGAGUGGAAUGAAAAAUUAACUCUUUCUGUUUCAGACCCAAAUAUCCCAGUGAAGCUGGUAAGUAUCAUUUUUUCUCCUCACAACAAGAUGGUUUAUUUUCCAAAUAUGUAUGGGAUAAGUGCAUCUAUUCAUUCAUGGGGAAAUUAUUUUGUGCCAUAAAAAUGAAGGUUCCUUCAAUAAACAUAAGAACAUUGAAUGAUCUUGUGGAGUUUAAGGAAAUAAAUAUCUCAAGAUCCAUUUUGUGAUUUGGUCUCGGUAUGUAUAUGUAGGAUUUCGAAUCUAGUUAAUUAAUCAUUGUACGUAGCUUGUUGAUUUCAGGCUAAAAUUAAUUAAUUAAUUCUUUUAAGAACAAAUGGUAUAUCAGUGGAAUUCCUUAGAUAAAGUUCUUAAUAUAAGAAGAGACGUAAACCUUCUCAUAAAGAUGUAAAUCAUAUGGUGAUGGUAAUGCAGGCAGUGUAUGACAAAGAUACUUUCAGUCGAGAUGACAAAAUGGGGGAUGCAGAGAUUGAUAUUGGUCCAAUUCAUGAAGCUGUAAACUUGCAGUUGGAAUGUGUCCCAGCUGGGACAAUAAUCAAGAAAAUACAACCUGACGGACAAAAUUGUCUUACCCAAGAGAGCUGCAUUGUCUGGUCUAAUGGCAAAGUUGUCCAGAACAUGAUUAUGAGGCUGCAAAAUGUGGAGUGUGGUGAACUUGAGCUCCAAUUAGAAUGGAUAAACGUUCCCAGUUCCAGGGGCCACUAGAUCGUGCCUGCUUUCAUUGUUUUGGUGCUGCAAAUAGUGUUGGUAGUCCCUUCUUGUUAUCUACUAUGACAUGCAUGGCAACUAAAUGUCUAUUUUACUCUACAGUAAACUCAUCCAUGUAAGCUGAUUAAGUGAUUGCUAGAGUUUUUGCAAAACACAUGACUAUUGCCCGCACUUAAUCUGAAGCACGUUUACUUAAUAUUGAAUGUCAAAGAAUGCAUCAAACGACAGGUGAAGAUACAGUUUUAUCAUUUGAAUGUUGAAUUUUCUUUGGCGACUAAUACAGAAUCAUAAACUCA